AUGGACAUCACGCCUUCGACGCUCCCCACCAUGGGCCCGCCUGUGCUGAGCAGCCCGGUGGGGGAGCGCAAUGGAAUAGCCCAGGAGCCGCCUACAAUCGGGGAACCGGAGAAGACUACAAACGGAAAUGGCAGUUCUACGCCGGUAGGGGCUGCCGCGGCCGCACAGCAGCCAAAGGUCGUCCAGACUGCCUUUAUUCACAAGCUAUACAACAUGCUUGAAGACCAAAGCAUUCAGCACCUCAUUUCAUGGUCCAGCAGCAACGAGAGCUUUGUCAUGUCACCUUCAAGCGAGUUUUCCAAAGUCCUGUCAUCGUACUUCAAGCACACUAACAUUUCCUCAUUCGUCCGCCAGUUAAACAUGUACGGCUUCCACAAAGUGAGCGAUGUUUUCCACACCGGGUCUCCUGACUCGCCACUGUGGGAAUUCAAACACGGCAACGGCAGCUUCAAGCGCGGGGACCUGGUGGGACUGCGGGAGAUCAAGCGACGGGCCUCGCGGCACGCGCUCAUCCACCGCGAUUCCUUCUCGACGCCCAAAGUCCUCUCCGGCCCGCCGGCCGGAGCACCUGUCGAGCCGAUGCCUGAUCCGGUCGAAUCACGACUAAACGUCCUAGAACAUAGCCUGUACGACAUGCACGCGCGCAUGCAGCGCUCGGAGGACAGCUGCGCCUAUCUCAAUCAGAAGAACAUGCUCCUGAUGGAGGGCAUGAUGCGAUGCCACCAGUGGAACCAUGACCUCGCAAAUUAUAUUAUGACCUUAAUGCCAGACCCGGAAAGUCAGAUCCACAAGGAUGUUUGCUUGAUGCAGCGCGACAUUGCCCGCCAAACGGAAAUGCUGCGUGCUCUUGAAGCUCCAGAAGAGCCCCUCUCGGCACGCCAACCCUUCUUCAUGCAGGUCGACAACGGCAACCAACCCCCUCUUUCCCCGCGACAGAUGCCCCAGGAUAAUUUUCCUGAAUCCCGCCGAGGGUCGUUAGCCGGUCUGCCUCCGCGCCAAGCCCCAUUUAAGCCUCCGGUCCCGGCCCAUAUUGCGAUUUCUCCGCGUCGAUACGGCUCAAUAGGUACGGGUAAUUACUCGCCAUCUUCAGCCAGGACCCCAGCGAGCCACCAGCCACCCCCACCUCCUCCACCGUCUAUCCAGCAUCCGGGUGGGACUCUGGGGAGCAAUUUAGGGAGCAGCUCAUCCCCGCCUUAUAAUCUGUAUAGGCGGCAUACCUCGGCAGAUAUACGCACGCACGGUUGGCAGCCACAGCCGCCCUCGCACUCACCGUAUACAUCCGGCCAGAAUUCAUCCCAAUGGCCCUCGUCGCCCCAUCGGCCGCCUAUCGGAGGUGGCGACCAGCAGCUCCGGGAUGCUUUGGAGUCGUACCAGCUGCCCCGCGGUCCUCGCCAACAGUCGUCUCGUCAAGGAACUCCACCUUUGACAAGCGAUACUACUCCGUCCACACUAAGCGCGGACAGCAGCUGGUCGCUCCCAGGAGCUCGCUACCCCUUCAAGGGCAUCGACACCCCCGGUCCGCCUACGCGUCGCUCUAGCAUGGCCUCCAAUGUACAUUCCUUGCUCAACCCCGCCGACACGCAAGAGCGAGCGGACGAAGAUGAUCCGGACGAGGCCCGCAAGCGAAAGCGGAUGCAGUGA